AUGCAGGCACAACCCGUACUGCCAGUUAAACUGCUUGGGUCACACCCCGACACCCCGUCUGCACCUGCGGUUUUCCAAGACUCUACCCUGGAGGAACUUCUUUUUCCGCCACCCUAUCAUAACCCUUGUAGUAACCUUCCCCAACCCCUGCGGUCGGCUGACCACCCUCCCCCAGAGGCGGACGGGGCUUGCGGGCAGGGUCUGGCUGCAGGCACCCGCUCAGUGAAGGCGAAUUCCCCGGAUUCCACCGUCCUGCCCCUGUGCGUGGCAGGAUUGCCUAAUGAGCAGGGCAACCAGCCCAUGCACUACUGGCUGUUCUCAACCAGUGACCUCUACAACUGGAGAGCGCAAAAUGCACGUUUCUCCAACAACCCUAAAGACCUUGUUAAUCUCCUAGACACUGUUAUUCAUCAGCCCACCUGGGAUGAUUGCCAACAGCUCUUGCAGGUCCUCUUCACCACUGAGGAGAGAGAUCGUAUACUGACGGACACCAGGAAGUUAGUCCCUGGAGAGGAUGGCAUGCCCACCAUGAACGCGGCCCACAUAGACUUAGUGUUUCCCUUGACCCGACCUGACUGGGAUUUUAACCAGGCUGAAGGUAAGGAGAGACUCCGGGUGUACCACCAGACUCUAAUGGCAGGGUUGCGCGGAGCCCGCAAGCCCACCCAUUUGGCCAAGGUAGGGGAUGUGCAGCAGGGAAGGGAGGAGACCCCCGCAGCUUUUCUAGAGCGCCUCAUGGAAGCUUUGUGGCAAUACACUCCUAUGGAUCCGGAGGCGGCGGAAAACAAGGCCACAGUGGUAAUGGCCGUUGUUAACCAGGCGGCUCCCGACAUUAAACAAAAACUACAAAGAAUAAAGAGGCUGGGAGAAAAAACUAUUCGAGAUCUUAUUGAGGUGGCAGGAAAAGUGUACAAUCGCCAUGAAACUCCUGAGCAAAGGGGAGACCGCAUCCGCCAGGAAGAACGGAAGCCUGGAGAUCUGGUCCUUGUCUACCGACACAAGGCUGAUGGUCGUGGCCUCCAGCCCCGGUGGAAGGGUCCAUACAUCGUCCUCCUGACCACACCCACCGCACUCAAAGUGGACGGCAUUGCGGCCUGGGUUCAUCACUCGCACGUCAAGACAGCACCAACUGAUGACUCCCAGCUGCAGUGGCGAGCCCGGAAGCAUCCCACCAAUCCACUCAAGCUGACUCUUCAGGCGAUCCCGGCUGCAACCCAUCGCUCCCAGACCACUGCCCACGCCGUGAAAAAUGACAACAAACUGUAA